AUGCCUGAUCGCUGCUCAACAGAGAUACAAGUGACCAAGAAGGUGAAGCCUUUCGCUGAUCUGCAUUGCCAUGCUCAGGGGCCAAAGGGAGUGAAGCCGCCAGUGCAGGACCAGCAUCAGGCGCUCAUUCGCACAAUCAGCGACAUCAUCAGCGAGCUCAUGGCAUGUCACAAGGCGGGCAAAUCUGUGAAUAUCACGAAGCUGAAGCAGCAGUGCGCGAAGAGGAACGGCAUGCAGGGCAUCCCGAAGCUCACUCAGAUCAUUGCUGGAGUUCCCGAGCAGAGCAAGAAGCAGAUCGUUCCUCUCCUGAAGGCAAAGCCUGUCCGAACAGCCUCUGGCAUCGCUGUCGUGGCUGUCAUGUCAAAACCUCACCGCUUACCUCUAGGAGGAGUCUGCGUCUACUGUCCCGGCGGUCCAGACUCUGACUUCGAGUACUCGACACAGUCGUACACGGGGUACGAGCCGACGAGCAUGCGAGCGAUUCGUGCGAGAUACGAUCCCUUCUUGCAGACAAAGAGCAGGAUCGAUCAGCUGCAGAAGCUAGGGCAUAGUACGGACAAGGUCGAAUUCAUCCUGAUGGGCGGAACAUUCAUGUCUCUGGACAACGAGUACAGAGACUAUUUCAUCCGCAACCUGCACGAUGCGCUCUCCGGCCACUCGUCGAACUCGGUGGAAGAAGCAAUCAAGUACUCUGAGCAGAGCAACAGCAAGUGUAUUGGCAUCACAAUCGAGACUCGUCCAGACUACUGCCUCAAGCCCCACCUGAGCUCGAUGCUGUCAUACGGGUGCACCCGACUCGAGAUCGGCGUGCAGAGCGUUUAUGAGGACGUGGCGAGGGACACCAAUAGAGGGCACACGGUGAAGGCUGUGUGUGAGUGCUUCCAGCUAGGGAAGGACGCGGGGUACAAGAUCGUAGCCCACAUGAUGCCUGACUUGCCCAACGUCGGGUACGAGCGAGACAUGCGGCAGUUCCGAGAGUACUUUGAGAACCCCUCGUUCCGCACGGACGGACUGAAGCUCUACCCCACCCUCGUCAUCCGCGGCACCGGGCUGUACGAGCUGUGGAGGACGGGGAGGUACAAGAACUACUCGCCCGAGCUGCUCAUCGACCUGGUGGCUCACAUCCUAGCGCUGGUCCCGCCAUGGACGCGCAUCUACCGCAUACAGCGCGACAUCCCCAUGCCCCUCGUCUCCUCAGGGGUCGAGCACGGCAACCUCCGAGAGCUGGCGCUGGACAGGAUGAAGGAGCUCGGGCUGCGCUGCAGGGACGUGAGGACGCGCGAGGUCGGGAUCCAGGAGAUCCAUAAGAACGUCAAGCCUGAGCAGGUGGAGCUGAUCCGGAGGGACUACGUGGCCAACGGCGGGUGGGAGACUUUCCUGUCCUACGAAGACCCGAUCCAGGAUAUCCUUAUCGGCCUCCUGCGACUCAGGAAGUGUACCAAGGAGGGAACUUUCCGCCCCGAGCUGACGCAGGGGCAGUGCUCCAUCGUGAGAGAGCUGCACGUCUACGGGACGGCAGUGCCGGUCCAUGCGAGGGAUCCCGCGAAGUUUCAGCACCAGGGCUACGGGACGCUGCUCAUGGAGGAGGCGGAGAGGAUCGCCAGGGAGGAGCACGGGUCCUCCAAGAUCGCGGUCAUCUCGGGGGUGGGGACCCGGCACUACUACAGGAAGCUGGGGUAUGAGCUGGACGGGCCUUAUAUGUCGAAGAACCUCUUGUGA